GGCAAAUCAACACAAUGCUGGACACAACUCCUCACGCACACCCAGUUAAUUUUUAAUAUUUAAUUUCCAAGUUCAUUGUGAGUGAAAGAAAAGAGAAGAUGUGCGGAACAGAGCAAGCGGCUCCUUGCACCUGCAAGUGCAAGUGCUCCGCCUUCGUCCCUGACAACGGAGCUCUUGAAGCAACAGCUAACAAUGGCAGACUGAAUCUCUCGCCGGACUCCAUCAUCAACCUCGAUCAUGGGGAUCCGAAGAUGUUCGAGUCGUACUGGGAGAAGAUGGGGGAGAAGUGCACGGUGGUGAUACCGGGGUGGCGGUCGAUGAGCUACUUUUCCGACGCCGGUAACCAGUGCUGGUUUCUGGAGCCGCAACUGGCGGAGUCCAUUAGAAGGUUGCACGUUGUGGUGGGGAACGCGGUGGCGGAGGACCGCCACGUGGUGGUCGGAAAUGGGUCGUCGCAGCUGUUUCAGGCUGCGCUCUACGCCGUGUGUUCCCCCGGCGGGCCGGCCCCCGUCAACGUGGUCUCUGCAGUUCCAUAUUACUCGUGUUAUCCAGAGGUGACAGAUUUUUUGAAGUCGGGGUUAUACCAAUGGGGAGGCGACGCACAUUCAUACAACGGGAAAAAUCCAUAUGUAGAAGUGGUGACUUCUCCCAACAACCCAGAUGGCUUUAUUCGGGAAUCCGUAGUGAAGCAAGGUCAAGGUGGUGGUCAUGAUGUAGCUGGGAAAUUGAUCCAUGAUCUUGCUUACUAUUGGCCACAUUAUACUCCCAUUACAAAGCCUGUAGAUCACGAUAUCAUGCUCUUUACUUUUUCUAAAUGCACUGGUCAUGCUGGUUCCCGCAUUGGGUGGGCACUAGUUAAAGACAAAGAAGUAGCAAAAAAGAUGACAAAGUUCAUAGAACUUAACACAAUUGGAGUAUCAAAAGAGUCCCAACUCCGGGCUGCAAAAAUCAUGGAAGUGAUCUAUCAAGGCUACCAAAAUUUUGGAUCUCCAGCUAAGUUGGAGAAUUUUUUUGAGUAUGCCCAACGCCUUAUGGCUGGAAGAUGGAACAAGUUAAGAGAGGUGGUUAAAAAUAGUGAAACCUUCACUUUGCCUCAGUACCCUCAAGAAUAUUGCUACUUCUCUAGACAAUCUAGCCAACCUCAUCCUGCUUUUGCAUGGUUGAAGUGUAACAAAGAAGAGAUGGAAGACUGUGCUAGCUUUUUGAGAAGGCAUAAGAUUUUAACAAGAAGUGGAAAUCGAUUUGGGACAGACGAAAAGUACACGAGGAUCAGCAUGGUAGAUAGAGAAGAUGUAUUUAACCUUUUCUUAAAAAGGUUAUCUGCUAUCUAAUGACAAAUAAAUAUUUGAAAUUGUUCGCAUAUAUGUAUCAAUGAGUGGGCAAUAAUGUUUUCAUCCCCCGAUUUGGUGCCGUUUGAAUGGAAUUAAAGGACUUGCCCAAGUUGAAGUCUUGAAUUAUCAAAAGAAA